AUCAAAUGGUCGAAUUGUUUUCUAAAGAUUAAAGUUUAAAACUCCACAGUGGCAAAGCUUAAAAAAGAUAACAAAAUAUAGCAAAAUCACAGGAUCUCUAUCUUUAGCAGGCAGGGUAUUUUUUACAUCAUGUGAAACAUAUUGAGUGGUUAAACAUGUAUACAACGGUUCCACGCCCUGAAACUAUAGAUCACAGACCGAAUUCAGGCGAGCCGUUACCCGUUAUCAUUGAUCAUAACAGUGAUGGAAAUACUGCAAGAUGGAAAAAGCGGCAUAGAAAAGAACAACUUCCAUAUGACACAUUAAAGAAACACCGUGAUACAUUACUAGAGGCAGAAUUUAAAUACAAGAAGACGAUUCGAGAGCUUGAAAAAGAACGAGAGGAGCUUGUUAAUACUUACGAAAGGGCUUAUCAAGAAAAUAAGCAAUUGAAAAGCAUUCUUGAACAUGGUCCGGACGCAGCGAAACUAAAGCAGCUGUCGAAAGACAAAAAGGAACAGAAAGGUAUAAUAGAUCAACUACAGGAUGAAAAUAAAGCAUUAGGCGAUAGACUAAAGCAACUAGAGCAGUUAGAGAAAUUAACAAAUCCAGCCAAUGAUCUGUUGGAGAAAAACUGGAAGGAGAGAUUAGAUAAAGUAAGAAAGAUGCGCGAAGAAGAAGAAGCGAUUCCAACGCAAGGUCCAUUUACUGGAGGGAAACUAUUUAAGAAAAAACGUGUAGCGAUAGAUGACACUAGUUUAGAGGAGCUGGAUACGUAUGACUUACAAUUAGAUACAAUUCAGAAAGAGACACAAGUUCUUUUAAACAAAGUGAAACAGCUCAAACGUGAAAAGGAACAAAUCGACUACACAUUGAUGAUGGGUAAAGGAGCUGUCACAAGAAAUGCUGUCGUUGCAAAUGCGAUCAGCGAAAAGUUAAACAGAGACUUGAAUAAAUAUUCAAUACGGUUACAAAGACUGAAAAUUAAACAUAAAGGUGCAAAACGGUAUGUUAGAGAGGUGAGAACCGUAGUCGUUCUUGGAAACAGAGUGAGCAAAGAAGAUUCUCUGCCGCCACUUGAAACAAAAAAUCAGGAGCCAGAACCUACUACGGGAAUCAUAACAUAUAGAGUAAAACCAGGUGUCAAGUCUCCUUCUACAGAGGUAAAGCCGGCAUGGUCCAUUUCCACGAAGACGUCGCAAUCUAAGGACACCAAAGUGCCUGUCCCAGAAGGAAAUAACUGGAUUCCACCAAAGCACUUCGACAAGCCGGGUACAUAUUCUAAACUUCACCGAAAAUCUAUCCAGCCAAUAGAGCAAAUAGAGCAAGAAGUACCAGAAAAUGAUGCGCCACAUGUGCACAACAAAUAG